AAAAGACAAAAGAAAAUGCAUGCACUUUUCUCUCGCAGGUUCGUCGUUGGCUAUUCUUCUUCUUCGCUGGAGCUGACAAAAUCUGUGAUGAUGAAGAAGAAGCUCGCUUUUCCUGAUCACUGGAGCCAGAGCCGCCAUAUACUCAGCCCUCUUCUUUCGUCUUCUUCCGUUAAGAAAGCUCAUGGGUUCUUCUCCACCGCAUUGAGGAACACGAACACCCUGAAAUCCGGAAGUCUCUUGGAAGCUAGAGCUGGGUUCUUCCAUUCUCAUCACCUUCCUCCUAAGCCUUGGGUUUUCACUGGCUUUCAAAAACGUGGAUGGAAGUCUUGGUUUAAUGGAGCUAAUGCCGCUGUUUUCGGGUUGAUUAUAGCUAAUCUCGCUGUAUUUACUAUGUGGAGGAUUUCAGACCGGACAUGGAUGGCAAAAAAUUUUGUGGUAUCACCGAUAACCUUUAGGACUGGACGUAUACACACGCUGAUAACUUCGGGUUUCAGUAAUGUUGGAACCAGUCAACUCAUCGUUAACAUGAUUGGACUCUACUACUUUGGAACCAGCAUCGCAAGAACCUUAGGACCGGUCUACCUUUUGAAGAUGUACUUUGCUGGAUCACUUGCUGGCUCUCUUCUCUACAUAAGUGUUCGUGGUGUAAUGGCAAUACUCAAGAGCCAAGGAGUUUCAUUCAAGAAUCCAUCAAAAAUCGACCUUUUGUUUCUGGGUGCAGAGGGACCUGUAUAUGCCAUUACACUACUUGAUAUCUUCCUCUACCCUAAAGUUACUACAUACUUUGCGUUUAUUUUCCGAGUACCCGUAAUGAUUGGAAUCUUAGGCCUAGGACAAAACCUGGUAAAGGUGCUAGAGGGGAAGGAGAAGAGUUUGACCAUGGCUUCGAUUAACAUGGGAGGAGGAGCUAUUGUUGCAGCUAUUGCGUGGAGGCAGAUUAGGAAAGGUCGAUUCUACUACUGAUUGGUAUCGUUACCGGUCCAUGAAGGAUUUGCUGCAAAAGACUCGGUUGAUAUGAUCAUAACAAUGGUUUAUGUUAACAUUGUGGGUCACAAAAAGAUUUAUUAUUACCAUUGACAUUAAUUUAGGCUAAGUUCGGGUUCUAGUCUUAAUAUUUAAUCCAAGUCCCAUCGAUGUUAAUCAAGAAGAUCUUCUUGAACAAACAAGUCUCAUCAUUGUCUGUUUGAAUAAACUGACACAAAAAGGAUAAUGAUGAUAGCAUACAAUUUUUCUUAAAAAAUAUCAAAAUAAUACUUUUUUUUUUUAACAUUCUCUUGAUCUUACUAAUAAAUAGUUUUACAUUUGCUUUGUAAAUUAAAAUAUUUUUAUAUUUAUUUUCUUAAGAAAUUUCGUUUAUGCAUUGCAUUUUUGCUCAAUCAUUUUGUAUUAUUAAACUAAUUUAUAACGAUAUUCUGAACCCAUGACUGUGUAGCCUACUUAUUAUUGCAGUAAAGUUUAUAAAAGAAAAGAAAAACAGCAAUUUAAUGGUGCAAUUAAUAUGGUAGACAAUCAUCAGGGUGUAGCUAAUUACUCACUGGACAGAGUUGAUGCUCGAGGAAAAUUACUCACUGGAUUUAACCGCAAACGCGAAAAAUCUCCGUUUGUCCGUCACGUUUGCGGUUGUCACCGUCAAGAACAUAAAAACAGAGAGAAGCACACCUUUAUUCCUCUGUAUACUCG